CCUGCUUUUCGUAAGUUCCGCUCGUUGCCACCGUUGUCGUUACACUGCACGUUAACACGAUGGCCGGCUCAAACGUUAAAAAGGGCUCUUCCCCCGGUGUGGUGGACUGGAUCUAUUCUGCUUGUCGGUUUGCAACAGACAGAAACGACUUCAGAAGGAAUCUUCUGGUCAACCUGGGUUUGUUUGCUGCUGGUGUUUGGGUUGCAAGAAAUCUCUCAGAUUUUGACCUAAUGUCUCCUCAGCCUGUGACAUAAUCUGGUCAAAAAUACAGUGCUGCCAAAACCAGGAUGAUGGUGUCUUGGACCAACAAAAGAAGAAACAAGGGACAUGAAUAAAUGAUCAUGAAACUUUUAUGACAAGUUAUACUUUGAAAGCAAGUCAUCCUGUUUACCUGAAUUUGCUUCAUUUUUUUGGGAUGAAUUUUUUAUUUUCAUCUCAUUGUAGAUGGUCUGAAAACAAAAAAUUACAUUCAGUCAGUG